AUGGCACCCCCACAGCCCGGCGGUGUCUUUGAGCCCCCAGCCGGCCCCUACAACUACGUUGCGCCGCAAGUGCCAUUGGACCCGGAACGCUACCCCGUCGCGCCGCCCGGCCUGGAGCUGGAGCAGGUGCACAUUUACGUGCGCCACGGCGAGCGCACCCCUGUCGGCGUCCGCCUCGCUGCGCCCCCUGCGUCCAUCCCGGAGCACUGGAUGCUCUGCAAGACCGCGAGGCAGCUGCAGGCGGCUGUAUCCGGUACGAUAGGAGGGACGGCGGUAGUAGGAGAGCAUAAUGAUGGGUUUUUGCGGACGCGAAAGGUGCUGGAGCGGCGGGACGGGACCAGCGCGGAGGGCGAAUGCCUCUUGGGCGAAUUGACGGACCUCGGACGACAGUCGACAUAUAACUUUGGGAAGUCGUUGAGGGAGCUAUAUGUGGACCGACUCAAAUUCCUCCCGAAUUUCCUGGGCAACCGAGAUGAAGUGUACUUCCGGAGCACCAACAUACCCCGCACCAUGGAAUCCCUCCAACAAAUCGUUCACGGACUAUACCCGACCAAGAAAUGCCACCCCGACCAGGUCCCGCCUCUGCUAGUUCGGAACAGCCAGGACGAAAACCUAGUCAGCAAUACCUACGCCUGUAAAAGGCUCGAGUUCUUGAAAAUUGGUUUCGCGCAAGCCGCCGCUGCCGCAUACAACCCCUCGCUCGAGACGCUCGACAAGAAGUUGACAAAGUACACCGGCGGGCCGAUACGAAUCGACGGGAAGCCAAGGGCGUCGGGUAUCCUGGACACAAUACGCGCCGCCACCGCGCACGGGAUCAAAGUUCCCCCAGAGUUCGAAGAGAAGGCGGUGGUGGACGUGUUGGAACGCGCGGUGGUGAAUGAGUGGUUUUCGGGCUACAAAACUGAGGAAGUCCGCCGCCUCGGCCUCGGCCGCCUCCUCGACGACAUGUCGCGCAAGAUGCAGCGCAAGGUCCAGUCGAGCAGCAAGAAGGAGGGCGAGAAGGAUCCGCUGAAGAUUUUGGUGCACUCGACGCACGACACGGCGCUGGCGGGGCUGCUGUCGACGUUGGAUGUGUAUGAUGAUAAGUGGCCCGCUUUCACCGCUGCUAUCACCUUCGAGUUGUUUAAGCGCGAUCCGGUCGCGCAGGGCGGGUCGAUUAUGCAGACGAUACUAUCGCCGUUCCGUGCGAGUCCGGCGCCGGAGCAUUUCGUCCGCGUCCGAUACCAGAAUCGCACGCUACCGUUACCGCUCUGCGCCGAUGAGGGCCAGCACCUGGAGGGCAAGCCCGAGUUCUGCGCGCUUGAGGUGUUCCGUGCACGAGUCAAGGAGCUGACGCCGGUGGACUUUGAGGCGGAAUGUAUGCCGAAGUGA